GUUGCCUUGUUUUGCUUGACUUUGUUUACGUAGUUGAGAUAACACUAUAAGACACAAAACUGUAUUAAUGGUUUUGGAAUUUUUAGACAGCUGAAUAGUUUUCCAUAAAGCUUUUGCUAAUUUACCUCCUUACCAAUCUAUUGCCUGGUUACACACAUUCUUUCUUUUCUUUUGGUUUUACAAGAAAAAGUUGGAAUAAUUUUUUCAAUUCCUGGCCUGCAUGUAUUACAGAAAAUAUGGAAUUGUGAUAAUUAGAGAAAAUGAACAUCCCCUAAAUUCGCCUUCUAUGAUCACAGUUAUGAAUCUCAUAAAAUUCACCAUGUUAAAGGAUACAAUUCAGUGGUUUUCAGUAUCUUCACAGAGGUGUGCAACCAUCAUCACACUGAGUUUAGAUUUUCAUAACCCCCCGAAACAAACCCUGGUGACUGUUGACAGCCAGUCCCCGGAAUCUUGCUCCCACCUACCGCACUGCUUUAUGCGGCCGCUAAUCUACUUUCUGUCUCUCUAGAUCUGCCUAUUACGGACAUCUCCUAUAAAUGGAAUUGUACAAUCUGUACUCUUUUGUGACUGACAUUUCACUUAGCGAAGGGUUGCAAGGUUCAUCCCUGUCAUGGUAGCAUGUAUCAGUAUUUCAUUACAUUUUAUUGCUGAAUAAUAUUUCAUUGUAUGGAUUUACCACAUUUUGUUUAUCCAUCAGUUGAUGAACAUUUGGGUUGUUUCUACUUUGGCUAUUAUGACUAAUGCUGUUGUAAACACUCGCGUGCCAACGCUUUAUGUGAACGUAAUAUCUUCAGUUCUCUUUGGUAUGCAUUUAGAAGUGGAAUUGCUGGGUCAUAUGGUAAAUCUGUGUUUAGCUUUUUGAGGAACAACCAAAUUGUUUACCGAAGUGUACCACUGUACAUUUCCCCCAGCAGUGAAUAAGGGAUGCAGUUUCUCCACUUCCUCAUCAACAUUUGUUAUUGUCUGUCUUUUUUUUUUUUUUUUUUGCGGUACGCGGGCCUCUCACUGUUGUGGCCUCUCCCGUUGCGGAGCACAGGCUCCGGACGCGCAGGCUCAGCGGCCAUGGCUCACGGGCCCAGCCGCUCCGCGGCAUGUGGGAUCUUCCCAGACCGGGGCACGACCCCGUGUCCCCUGCAUCGGCAGAUGGACUCUCAACCACUGCGCCACCAGGGAAGCCCUAUUGUCUUUCUUUUUAAUUAUAGUCAUUCUAGUGGUAUGAAAUACAAUAUCACUGUGUUGUUGAUUUGCAUUUUCCUAAUGAAAAUUGGUCAACUCUUUUUUUUAUACAGCAGGUUCUUAUUAGUUAUCCAUUUUAUACAUAUUAGUGUAUAUAUGUCAAUCCCAAUCUCCCAAUUCAUCCCACCACCACCACCACCCACCCUCGCUUUCCCCCAUUGGCGUCCAUACGUUUGUUCUCUACAUCUGCGUGUAUUUCUGCCCUGCAAACCGGUUCAUCUGUACCAUUUUUCUAGAUUACACAUAUAUGCGUUAAUCUACAAUAGUUGUUUUUCUCUUUCUGACUUACUUCACUCUGUAUGACAGUCUCUAGGUCCAUCCACAUCUCUACAAAUGUGAAAAUUGAUCAACUUUUAACAGGUGGAAGGAGAUAGUCUUGAAAGGAGGCAUAUUAUAGAAAAGAGAAAUCUUUUUAAAAACUGCUUCUAUGUCAGGUAUAUGACCAACUGGUUAAUUAGAAAGGUGAUGGUACAGUGGAUAAAGGAUUUCUUUUCAGUGCCAGGUCAAUUGCACACUCAUAUGGAAAAAAAAGAAUGGAUCUUGAUCCUUACCUCUUGCCAUACACAAAAAUCAAUUCCUGAUGGAUUGUAGCUCUAAAUGCAAAAGGCCAGGACUUCCCUGGUGGUGCAGUGGUUAAGAAUCCACCUGCCAAUGCGGGAGACACAGGUUCGAGCCCUGGUCCCAGAAGAUCCUACAUGCUGUGGAGCAACUAAGCCCAUGCACCGCAGCUCCUGAGCCCGCCUAGAGCCCAUGCUCUGCAACAAGGGAAGCCACUGCAAUGAGAAGCCCGCACACCUCAAUGAAGAGUAGCCCCUGCUCGCCGCAACUAGAGAAAGCCCACGUGCAACAACGAAGACCCAAUGCAGCCAAAAAUUAAUUAAUUAAUUAAAUUAAUGCAAAAGGCCAAACAAUAAAGCUUUUAGAAGAAAACAAAGCAUUGUCACUGGCAAAGAUUUUAAAAAUAGGAACCAAAACGUACUCACCAUAAAUGAAAAACAGAUAAGUAGGACUACAUUCCCUCUUCCUUCCUCCAGUCCCUGCUCUGAGUGCUGAUUACGUAGACUUUGAAGAUUAUCCAAUGAGAGUUUUACAUGACCUUCAUUCAGAAGUCCGGACUCUAAAGGAUGAUGUCAAUAUUCUUCUUGAUGAAGCAAGCCUGGAAAGUCAAGAAAGCAUUGGUUUCAUAAAGGCAACAAAAGUACUGAUGAAAAAAAAUUCAAUGGAUAUCAUGAAAAUUAGAGAGUUUUUCCAGAAGUAUGGAUAUAAUCCACGUGCCAAGGAAAAUUCAGGGGAUGAGCAAGAAGUCGUUGACUCUAAACCAGAGAACAAUAAACGUGAAAAUCCUGAGAAGCCUGAUGUGAAGGGUUAUUUGUCGGAUUCCGCUCCUCCAAGCAGUUCUGUUUCUGAGAAGCCUCCACGUAGUCCACAACUUUCUGAUUUUGGACUCGAGCGGUACAUGAUAUCCCAAGUUCUGCCAAACCCUCCCCAGGCAGUAAACAACGAGAAGGAAGAGCCAAAAAUUUUAACUCCAUUUUCCAAACGGCCACUAGUAAAAACUCCCAAAUGCGCACUAAAGAUGGAUGAUUUUGAGUGUGUGACUCCUAAAUUAGAACACUUUGGUAUCUCUGAAUAUACUAUGUGUUUAAAUGAAGAUUAUACAAUGGGACUUAAAAAUGUGAAGAAUAACAGUGAGGAGGCCAUAGAAACAGAACCAGUGACCAACAAUAAUUUCUUUGCCACUCCUGGCCCCAUAACCCAGCCAUUGGAAAAAAAUGAUGCCGAUCAUACACAUUCUCCUGUGGCACCUACAUUCUGCACUCCUGGUUUGAAAAUCCCUUCUACAAAGAACAGCACAGCUUUGGUAUCCACAAAUUAUCCAUUAUCAAAAACAAAUAGUUCAUCAAAUGACUUGGAAAUGAAAGACAGUACAUCGUUAGUUUUAAAUUCAGACAAGUGCUUUGAGAAUUUUGCGGAUCCCUCUUCUCCUACGAUUUCUUCCUAUGAGAAUCUGCUCAGAACACCUACACCUCCAGAAGUAACUACAAUUCCAGAAGAUAUUCGCCAGAUUUUAUCAAAAUACAACUCAAACCUAGCUACUCUGGUAGCAGUUAGAGAAGUGCCGCCCAGCAGAGUGUUCCUUCCUCGGUGUGAAGGACAGGACGUCCGAGACGCUGGCAACAGAGAAAACUGGUGAAAGUGCGUAUGUUCCCAUCCUAGAGGGACUAGAUUUGUUACCUGAGGAGAACACUGGAAUGGUAAUAAACACUUGUAAUUGACAUCUGCCAGCUAGGUAACAGCCCAUCUCCCUUUUUUUUUUUUUUUUUUGCGCGGUAUGUGGACCUCUCACUGUCGUGGCCUCUCCCGUUGCGGAGCACGGGCUCCGGACGCGCAGGCUCAGCGGCCAUGGCUCACGGGCCCAACCGCUCUGUGGCAUGUGGGAUCUUCCCGGACUGGGGCACGAACCCGUGUCCCCUGCAUGGGCACGCGGACUCUCAACCACUGCGCCACCAGGGAAGCCCCCCAUCUCUCUUUUGGUCCAGAAUUCGUGAUCCCUGCAUCUCAGGCUCCCACACCACCAUGUUUUACAAUGUCACUGGGAAUCUACUCCCAACCAUAUUAUAAGUGUAAAAAUAGAUGGCUUCGGUGUCAUUUGUUUCAUUGAAGGCUAUUGGUUAUACCUAAUUGAUAUUUUCUGUUUGUAUCUUUCUACAGGAAUUGUAGUGGAUCCAUCCUUCCAUUAUAGAAACUGAAAGAUGAAAGCAAACCUGCUCUUACUUUGUUUUUCACAUUCCCCGACAUCUUUCCCCUUUUGAAAAUCCAACUCAUAUUAAAGAUGAGCACGGACACUGAUGUCAUUAAAUGCUUUUUAUUAAGUUUGAUUUAGUCUAACCUCAGUCUUGUUGACGUGUAGUUCAGUUACUCAGUUUGGAAAGAUCAUUACUAUUUCACUGAUUUCAAAUUUACCCUGCCUAAUGGAAGAGUAUGGUUUAAGUAAUAUUAGGAAGCAGGAUAAAUAAUUUUUGAAAUUUAAACGUUACAGUUUGCUACUCAGAUAAGGCCACUUUCAGUCUUCUUGGGCUAGACAGUUGUUGCUAGACCUGGGCUUCUUCCUUGGGUCUAGCUCUGCCCUUCUGUCUCCUCUCAUGACUAUCCCAAGUCUUUUACACCUUUUAUUUCAACAGUGCUCUUUUAAGGCACUGCUGUUGACAAAUGACAGCUUAAAUUAAUUUAGGAAGAGGAAUUUACAGGCCUAGGUAACUAUACUGAAGUAGGUGUCUCGGACUUUUGGAAAUUAGACACUUGCCUGCAGUCAGGACGGAUGUUUUAUUUUCACUUGUCAGUUUCAUCCUUUCAAAUCACCUCUUACCAGCAUGGCUGCAACCUCUCCAGGUCCCCCUCCAGCUCAGCAGCCCAACAGAGCCUGAGCCUCACACUCUGUGGAGGGUCCCAGGACUCCUCCUGGCCAGGUGCUCAUCUCUGGACUGUCCGCUGUGCCUCUAGAGCUGUCUGAGAGCUCCAGGCUGCCCUGUCCAUGGAGCCCAAGAUCCUUCCGGCCUAAGUAAAGUUGAUGCAGCAAAGAUUAUCCUCUUUUAUGGUUGGGCCUUGAAAGUCAAAUGUGAAGACCUGUCACAUUGUGAAUCUUCGUUUUGUCAGAAAAUUGCCACUAAAACAAAACAAUUUAUUCUUUGUUCUAGGAACUACUGUGUAAUAAUUUUUGCUAAAUAUUGAUACAAUGUAAAAUUCAAGAUAUUUAGUUUUAUUUUUCCAGGUAAGCUCUGGUCAGCCUUGUAUAUACGAUGGUGACUCCCAAAUUAUAUCAGCCUUUUAUACACUAUUUACCAUGGCUCUGUGUACCUAAGUCCACAGAGUGGACAGAUUGCUUGAGGGAGGGAGUAUAUUCAAAGUGCAUGCAGGGCUGAGUCCUGGAGUUCCAUUUUAGAAGAUGGAAAGAGGCAGAAAAAUCUAGCAAAGGAGAUGAAGAAGCUGGUGAAGUAGGAAGGAAAUACUUCAAGCCAAGUGAUCGAUUCUAUCAGUAUUGCUGAGAAUCCAAGACAAGACAGAAUUACCACUGGACUUGGCAAAAUUGCUGUUGCUGACAGCACUGAUGAAUUCUGACAGAGCGCUCAGGACGGACUUCUGGGGUGGACUGGAAAGGUCGGAGGUGAGGAAGCAGAGAUCACGGACUGAGACGGCUCUUUUCAUGAGUUUUGCUCAAGAAGGGAGAGAAGAAAUGGUGCUGCAGCCAGAGGGGGUGUGAGUGAAACCAGGUUUUUGAAGAUGGGAAAUAAAGAACGUUCCAUUAAUCAUU